ACGGGUAUAACGCAACGUGCAACGUGUGUGUAACGUGUAAUUUACAUACUCUUAGUAGGUAAAUUGGAUAUUGUGCUGCAAAAUAUUAACGGCCACGGCAUUGGGCAUGAUAGGAAUGGUUUACAUACUCAUAUAGGCUGGAGGAAAAAUAAUGUGAUGAGUUGAUUACCUGGUUCUUUUUAUCAUUAUUUUUGAUUCUAGGUACAUAUAUCAGCUAUAUGCUAUGUCUCAAGAUUUAUGCCAAUAUUUAAGGCUUAGAACUUGUAUCUAUACGCUUAGAAAACCAUACUCAAAUAUUUUUCACCUUCAAUAUAAUUUGGAUAAAAACUGUUCAGUACGUACAUAUAUAUACAUAUGCAGCAUAUAGCUGAUAAUCGUAUAAGUAGGUGCAAAAAAAAGGAAUGAAAACAAGUCUUGAACUCAUCACAUUAUUUUUCCCCUUCAGCCUAUUAUAGGUAUCUAAAACAUUUAUAUCGUGUCCAUAGCGUGGCCGUAAAUAUUUUUAAUUUACCUACGAAAUGUAUGUGUACUCCUAGGCGAAGAAAUCGAUAUUAGCCUAGGUAUAGAAUAUUAUAGCAUGCAUCACAGUGAACUUAUGAACCUGAUAAAUAUGCACGAAUACAUGUCGGAGUACACUAGAUGCUUGUACUUAAAGUGCACAUGCAGAGUGCGCAUUGUUAUAUACGUAUCCUUAUAACAGACGGCACACCACUAGCGUGAUGUAUGCGUGCACGGCUCCAACAUUUUAGCACUCGCACGUGCACAUCUACGCACACGCAUGUGAUCUGACCUUGAGUACUUAUAUUUAUGAGCAAAUAUAGUUUGAUAAAGGUGUGGGUCAACUGCAGACAGAAAAAUAAUUAGUUUUAUCUUAUCAUUUGAACUCAAGUGUCUCUGACAGAGGCAACUGACUGAUAAAAAAGGGUUCAUGCAAAAAUAACGCUCGUUAUAGUUUUUUUUGCCAGAUUGCCCAUGAACCACGGACGUAAAAGACGUUUUAACGAGGCUUAUCGAGAGAUUAUUUCAUAUCAAAGAUACCACAUGCGAGUAGUUUGUGAUAAAAUUCAGCAAUCAACUUUUUUAUGGAGUUAUCUAUAAACAGUUGGUUUGAAGUGUGUUGUUUAUCAGAAAGUGCGAAAGAUGGCCGCUUGUCGUGUACAAUUUUCAAAUAUUGAAGACAAAAUAUUUGUAGUGACCGGUGGAGCUGCUGGAGUUGGUGCUGGAGUUGUCAAGGCAUUAUUAGCAGAAAAUGCGAGGCACGUCGCUUACCUCGAUAUAAGAGAGCGCGAGGGCGCGGCGCUAGAAGCCGAACUCUCCAGCAAGUUUGGCGCCCUGAGAGCCAAGUUCAUAAAAUGCGAUAUUGCCGACGAGCAUCAGCUCAACUCGGCGUUCACGCAAGUUAUAGACAAAUAUCAUCGGCUAGACGGUGUCAUUAAUAAUGCUGCCGUUUUGAACACUGACGAGACGCAGUACUUUAAGAAGAUCAUUGACAUUAACUUUACAGCCACAAUCCAAAGUUCAUUAGUGGCAUUAGACUUAAUGCGGGCCGACAAAGGAGGCGCGGGUGGCACAAUCCUCAAUAUUUCUUCCUUAUGGGCUCUCAGAGGUGACAGUCAGCUACCUGUAUACGCAGCCACAAAAACCGCGGUACUUCAUUUCAGCAAUUCCAUUGGGGGAAAACUGUACAAUCAAAAAACAAAUGUAAGGGUUAUGACUGUUUGCCUUGGUCCCACUGAUACCGCAAUCCUACACAGAAACAGCUUGAUAGAAGAUAAAGCAUCUGCGUUCACAUCACAUGCAGAUGAAAGACAAAGGGUUGAGUCGGCUGUCACUGGCAUUAUAGAGGUUAUCCGUGGAGGCCAAAGUGGAACUACGUGGAUGGUUUCCAAUGACAAUCCAGCUGUGGAUAUAACAAAGAACGUCAAUGAAAGCUACGGAGUUCUUUCCAAAGGUGUCAACGAUCUGUUACUGGGACCAUAAAUGUUAUUAGUAACACUAGGCCAAUCAAAUUAGAUCCAAAAAUAGCGUUUCAAGGAAUUAGUUCCCAGCAAGCUGGAAAUCGUUUUAAUACUUUCAUUUGGUCCUAAAUCCCCCAGGUCCCAAGAGGUGGAGGGGAUGGAUAAAACUCGGAUUACACGCAUUUAGGAUCAAAAUAAAUGAAGGUAUUAAAACGAUAUCCACCUUUCUAGGAAUAAAUUUUUCGAAAAAACCUCAUUUAUUUGGCCUACACACCAUAGUUGCCUCGUUACUUGCGGAUUCAAAAUAAAGCUGAUUCAUUUUCUAAUUUUCACAUUAAUAUAUUCGAGGCAUUUGUAUCCUAAAGAAAAAAUAAAUUACAGGAAAACGUAUCGAUGAAAUUGGAGCGGUUAUUUAAACGUUCCUUGAAUGAUAAUGUUGGUUCUUUUUUUGAAAGAGCGAUCGACGGCAUCAAUCGGACGUUAAAUUACUUAAAUUUGUACUCCCAUUUUACCAUUUUCGUUUAUAUUUACCUACUUUAUAUUUUUGAGGAUAGGCGAUUGUUCAAAUAUCAGGGUAUGAUUAUAUCGUAUUUUAAUAAAAUAUUUAUUGACUCAUAAAAAUUGGAGUAUUUCUUUCCCUUUAGAUAUUUAAAAUAUCUUAGAAAUCUUCGAUGUCUUACUAAGAAAUGAGGGUUAUUUAUAGUAGGCAUUCAAAAAAAUACUCCUCGUGUAAAGAUGGAGAACGAUAUCGCUACAAAUUUGUAGGAUUGCAGUAAGUCUGACAAAGAUUUUGGAAUAUCAAACUCAAACACGCAUCGCAAUGGGGCAUAUCGCAAUCGUUAAAGCAAUUAAGCGCCGGUGUUCUGCGGAUUUGGCGUUGGCAGCAAAGUGCAGUUGUCGCUCCUCCCUGCAAGAUCUGGCUAAUUUAUGAUCUAGAAUUAGCCUUAAUCUAGACUGCUGCAGACGACGCAAAAAGGGAUAGAGCUGCUGUCUAUCUGUGUGCUGGAUUCUACUGUAAAAAGUUAUUUUUUAACAAGUUUAAAACUUAAUUUGCCUGGGUUUUUGUGGAUUAACAGUGCAUGGUACAAGACAGAUAUAUUCAAUCAAUGGAUAGUUCAGUUUUACACACGCUACUGUUUUAUAGCUUUCAAUACUUGAAUUAGAAACAAAUUGUCUGUAUUGGAGAAGUUAAAUAAUAAUUUUAAAAAAACCUAGUUAGGUAUAACAAUAAUGUCUAGAUGUGAAAUUAGACGUAAACGUCCUAAUAACCUUUUGAUAAACAUAAAUACAAAGUUUAGAUGCUAGCUUGACGGCAAAAGUAUAUUUUUAAUAUGAAGGUAAAACUUGUGUUUUUAAACUUCCGUAAAGAUUUCAAGUAAACUUUCACAGAUGAUACUUAAAGUGAGUGGAUCGGUUAGAAGUUGUAAGAUGAGAAUUUUGACGAUGUAAGCGGACUCGUCUUUGCGUUGUGUUAAGUAUAAAUUAGUGUCCGACCGAAGUUUCGGUUUCGGUUUCGCAUUUUAGUUUCAAACUACGUUUUUUUUUUGCGAUAAGCAAUUUAAGUCUUCUUUUAAACGGAUUUGUUAUAAAAUUUCCAUUCUAAUAUUUAACUCCUCAGUCCAUAAACAACGAUAAUUUUGCCUAAAUUGUUAAUUGAACUUUGUCAUGUUUUUUUUUUAUGCACAUAUGCACUUUACUUUCUUCGUAUUCGAAAUGAAAAGUAGAGUGUUUAACUCAGGUGAAUAGCUUGAUUUCAGCCUCGGACUAUGCGAGCGCCAAACUACCUCGAUUGAAAUGAGUGCAACACAAACCAUACCGCUAAAAUUCUACAAAAUUGGACGACGGUACUGAACCUUUUGGGUGCGAGUACAACUUGCACUUGAACGUUUUUUUCAAGUCUAUCUCUCUUCAAACCAAUCAAUAUUUUUAUGAUCGGUAAAUUAAUUAAUUUUAAUAUCAUUAUGUAACAACACCGCUACCAAUACGGAAACUUUACCCAAUUAGUCGCUAGAUGGCGCUAGCAUCGAAUUAGAUCGCGCAAGCGUUAGUCUUUCACUGUUUUAUGGCAUGUAUUAGACAUUAGUAUGCAAACCGUUCGCUAGAUAGCGGUAGCGUCGAGAUAGAACGCGCAAGCGGUUGUCUUUCAUAGAAUAGAUAGGUUUAAGUUUUAUUGAUUUUACAGAUUCGACAGGUAUCACAUUUAUGUUGAGUGAUGUAUUCAGCUGCUCUUUGUACUAUCUUAUUUGAGAUGCUUGGAGAAUGGAGACUGAUUAUUAACUAGUACUUGCUCUUUGGAUACCAAGUCUGUAAAAUCCGUUAGGUUUGAAAAUAAACUACUAGUCUAACCUAACCUAACCUAACCUAACUAUUGUCUUUCGCUGAUUGGAACACCCCAGCGGUCCCACCACUUACAGUUAAAUACCUAUCAAGUAACAACGAGGUAUUCAAUAAUGAACUUCUUACGAACUUGUUUUUCACAACAAUCACUAAUAAGCUCACUACUAAAAAAACCCAGGAUACACUUUGAUACUUUACCUAUGUAUUACCACGGUCCAUUUACGGAGGCUCCAGGCCCGAAAAUUACGUCAAAUUGCGAUUUCGAACCGUAACCUAAAAGGCUGUCCUUAAAUUAUAUUAUAACCCGUAUGUUCAAUCAUUAUAUAUUAAGGCAAGCUCUAGCUAGUUUAACAAGUCUAUUGUUUUCAAAAUUGCGUGUUGGUUUAACCGUAAGUUGAUUCAUAAUUGUAUUACGGCAUUCUUCAUUAAAUAUUCACGUCACACCAAAGUUAAUUCAAAGUUAGUAAAUCGCAAUACACAGUUAGUGAUGAAAUAAGGCUGAGUGAAAUAAAAUAAGGCAUGUUUUCUGUGUGAGUACAAUUUACUCAGUUUUUUUUUCUUAAGAAUAAAAAUGAGCAGGUAAAAGUCAUUCUAUUACUCGCUCUAUUUUUUUCGUAUAGCAAUUAAUAGUAAAAAAAAUACCGGCGUUAGCAUGGUCACUUCGGUAUCGCCUGUCACCAUGCCUGUGACGUUCUAACAAGUAAUGUACCUAAGCACAGAAUAAAUAAUAGUACCACCGUACAGAAACGACACUUCCUACAAAACCGAAGUUGAACAGCGAUUCAGGGAAGAAUCAUGCCGUCCCAUUCUAAUGUAUGGCACUAUCCCUUUCGGUUAUUUAGGGUUGUCAAAAUUCAAGUCACUAUCUUAUCUCUGGUUGUGCACGUAAAAGGACGUCAAGUUGUGUAAAUCCUAAUAAUUAUAAUUGCUCGUAGCAAUGCUAAGCCGAACGGAGCCGAAAACGUCCGAAAGGAUCAGUGUCGGCCCUCUGAUGUAAGUGCAAAAGGGAUGCAUGACACGACAGGCGAUAAAAAUGCGGCCAUGCUGCCACCGCAGACAUACGGCCCGAUUCGAAGAAUGAAAUACGAUAACGAUAAGUUCUGGUUUAGAUAAGUUCUCAUUUAGAUAUCAUUUGUAUGUCGUAUAAUUGACAGAAGCAGCUCGAUUUGGGCAACCAAUGUCACUUUGACGUUAGAAAUAUCGUAGAUAGAUCUUAUUUGGAUCACAGCGGAAUCGAAAUAAACGUCAAUUUUAAUAUGUCGUUUAGUUAUCGAUCUUUUAAAGAUAAUUCCAAGAUCUUAAACGUAUCUUAAUCAUUCUUCAAAUCGGGCCGUAUGGCUUAUUCAAUUGUAUGGCGGCUAGGUUCUUGUUACUCUUAACUGUUGACUUUUAAAUUCACUGCAACGUCUGCAACAUAUCGCACCCUUUCAGCACAGUGUGAACAUCAAUAGCCGCAGUAAUGGCAUUGGUCUAAUGAGUCCGGCCUGAAUAGCACUGUAUCAAUGUGACGCAAACGACGAUUGACCCAGUUCCCGAUUCGACGGAACCACGGCACGACAGGUUAGUGCUCAUAAAGGCUUUAGUAGCUUGUUGCUUGGAAAAGGUUUGUUAUGUUUAAUAACAACUUGCUAGGAAACUACAGUAAGAUUUUGACAAAAAAAUAAUUUUUGGUACAAGCUUUUAUCACUGACUGUGCUUUUCUUACCUCAGGCAACUAAUACUCACCGAGACAAUUCUAAAACCCUAACACAAUUAGGUUACGUCGUUUCAUCACAGAGUUCCUAUGGCCCCCCUUCUGUCUCCAUCAUCAGGCCACUUGAUGGCACCAUAAUAUUGCAUGUCAGCCGAUUUACAUGCAUAUGUAUGCAAAUAUCAGCUCAAUCGGAAUUCGGGAAGUAAGAACUACCUAAUUUAGCUUUUUUGCGCACAAAUUAUCACACAGAAGGAAAGAAAAAAAGAACAACAAUCAAUAAUAUUCCUCAAUCAAGCACAUUAUACAGUUUAGCACUGCUCAUUGAAGCACGUCCUACUGGAGGGGAGAAACAAACACAAUUUCCGGUCACUGCGUGGACCGCCUGACCUGUUUUCUAGGCCUUACUUUUAUGUAACUUACUACGGGACCCAGAUCGGUGUUCGAUACUGCAUUGGUUUUCGGUAGGUACAUGUAUAUAUUGUAUAUUCAGUGGAUUUAUUCUAUUUUAUAUUGACCAAUAUUUAGGUACUUUAAGUUAGUUUGAUAGGCCUGACAAAAUUUAUCGCAGAUACAGGUACAGUUUAUAAUGAACAGUUUGUGCUUCUUUUCAAUGCAAUGUAUAGUUUUAACCGGCCUGUAGCAGAUUUAUGUAUAUGUAUUAAUUUUACUUGUUUACCUCUGUAGUUGAAUGUUACAUAACUUCAUAAAUCGCAUCCAUUUCAAUGUUUGUAUUAUUUUAUGACUUUUAUGAGACAACUGCUACUAGAGACCCUUACGAGGUUCAUGAUAAUAAUGACUUGUAUGUACAUUUGUUAAAUAUAUUUACAUUUAUUGACGCAACAGGAAAAUAGCACUAAUUUUAUGUACUUUUACUCUGUUAUGAUGUAUGACGUAGGUAGGUACAUUAAAAAUCUAAAAAGAAAAGUCUAAAGUUACCUCAUAAAAAUUCAUGAACAGGAUAAAAGGAAAUAGCAAAGAGUGAAGACAAUGUACACAAAAAGACUGCCUUAAUCCUUUAAUCGCUACAUCCUUUCUAGUGUACAUCAAAUAAAAGUACCGGAACAAAGACGUGAAUUAAAAGUUUUCCGAGUUACUGUAAAGUCUGUCUAAUUGCAUGCAAAUUAAAGGAUACAGUUCUAACAGACAACUCAGUGGAAAUUAAACAGAGAAAUGGGUAAUGAACGAGAAACGAACUCGAAAACAAAACGUUGCUAGAAAGUUAAUGAAACAAAUUAGCUAUCUUAAGCUGGUAAUUCUUUCCAAACCGUGCAUUCUUAUGUGGCCACAUUUAAGGUAAUAUUGCAGCUCUUUGGUAACUACCUGUGGACUUAUAGAACCCAUAGAACUAAUAUAAGGCUUAGAUUUCAAAGCAGUUCCUAUAAACAGAAAGCAAAAGCAGUAAUGGCCAUCUAACUGAUCAAGAGUUAGUCAAGUUUAGAGUUUCUAUUUUUUAUGUUACGUAUUCUAUAGAAAAUAGGUAAAAUGGGCAAAAUCGAAAGUACAGAAUUGACUAAAUUUGAAGAGAAAAGGAGCGCUAAAACUAGAAAUUGUGUAGAAAUAUACUCUGUGAAACAUUUUUAUAAAACACCUAAAAGUAUACAGCUAUCAAUUUUAUGAAAAAAAUACAGUAAACCCCAUAAUUCUCUUAUAAACAAUAUUUAGAGUUGUAAUAACCGUGAUAACAGAAAUAAAAACUACGUGUUAUUUUUAUUUAGAAUUUUUAUCGAUCAACUGAAAUAGAUAUUGGUCGAUAUGUCAAAUGCUUAAGCAAAUCCCAAAUGUUCUACUUGGUUUCAAAUUAUUUUCGGUUCCUUACCUACUCUACUAUGACGACAUUCAACAAACCUGAACGCAAACGAUAACUGUUUUGUGAGCCCGUAUCCCUCCACGUGGAAACUACAGAACCAAUCGACCUGAAAUGCUGCAUGUCGACCGUGUAAAGGCAAAAAGAUGGAUUCUACCAUUUUUGCAUCCGGCACAAAGAGAAUAUGUGUGGGUACUGUUUCAGUUAGAUCAGAAGUAGAAUAUGAUUUGUAAAUAUGCAUACACCGCACUCGAGGAAAAUUUAUAAAUUGAUUUGCAAAGGUUAAUAACUGACGUGCUCGCCAUAUGCCUCCUCGAGUGCGGUGUGUAUAAAUAUGAUAUUGGCAUCUGGCUGUCGUUAACAUUAGCUAGCUUUACGUCUUUAUACCGUGAUCUUUCACACAUUAUGGUUAGCAUACUUUUCAAAGGUGCCGAAUAAAGGGUACCGGAAAAAGCAAGAUUGCUUAAACAUUGCAUACUCGUAUAUGGUCAUGUGAUGCAUGUGAAAAGCUAGUUCUAUAUGUAGUGGACAACAAUGUGUUCAGGUAAUACAUUGCAGCAAAAGGGCACAGUUAUAACAAUAGUAAUUAUGUUCGCAACAUGAACUAUAAUAACUAAGCCAACUUUAUGAAACUACUUAUAACAUAGCAAAGUAUGGGAUUCAUACGGAAGCAAAAAUAAUUACCAAUAAAUACUUAGAAUUCAAUAAUGUGUUCUGCACAUAUAAGUAAAGAAAUAGUUAUUCUUUAUUUUGAAUUUUUUUUAAAUUAGUUAUUGUGUUUUUUUAUAAACAGUUAAUUAUGUUCCACGGGGUUACGUAUUUUGUAAUUAUUCAGAAACACCGCACCUACCACAUAAUACCAAUUUAUGAUUUUAUCAGUCCCGGAGCAACUUCACAUUUUGACAGCGAGCUGUAAGUUCUUGAUCUAUUUUUGUUAUCAUUCGCCCGUCCCGCUCGCACCAAUACAUCCACAAACAAGUACGAGCGAAACACACGCGUUAAUAUAUCAAUUGACAUGAAUGAAAAUAUGUUUGAAUUGGCCUCCAGGACGUGUGUGGUAAGUACGUAGGCACAUGUAGAUGUGUGGUUGUAGUCGACUCGAGACGUCAAGAGCAAGCGAGUUCAUUAGAAGCAAUUAAUUUUCGAUAACAUUUUCAAACGUUAUUGAGAAUACAUCCCUUGAAAUAUGGAACUGAUAUUCACAAAUCAAACUAAGUAGAUUAAAUUUGGAUGCAUGGUUUCAUUAGUUUCUGUUCUCAUGGAUGCCCGUCGAUUGUUCCCCGCCAGAAUAUUAAAAUUAAUUUCCUGAAUGUUAUUAAAUGAAUAUCACACUCGCUGUUAACUUAUAUUAUUAUUAUUUGCGCAUUUUUUUGGCUGUGUAAAUAUACUGCGGCGGUAUCAUGGUUCCAUUUUUAUUACUUGUCACUAUGCCCAUCAUCUUCGCGCUUACAUUACUUGUUAGAACGUGAUCGGCAUGGUGACAAAUGAUAAAGAGCCGAUCAUCUUAGCCCCAAUGGUUAUAAAAUAGUUCAAUUUUAUCUAGAUGAUAAAAGGUAUCAUAGAUAAAUAAGUAAGCAGAGAGUGCUCACUCCGUACAUCAGUUUUCUUACCAUAACGCAUAAGCGUAAAUAAUAAUAUUUUCGUAGUCGACAUCUAUCUUCAAAUUGGGGGAGUUAUCAGUACUGCUACACGGCAAUCGAUGUCACUAGUGUUUAGUUUGGCUAUUUCGAUUUAUUGAUUGUUUUAAGAGUUAGAAGUAUCAAGUAAACAAAAACAUACAAAAGAACCAGUAUCUUAGAGAGGAAAAUGGUGACUACGUUAGUAUGAAGAAGCGGCCGCGAGCGAUCGGCGAUUUUCCUCUAAACCACUUCUUACGAUGCGUGCAAGCAAUAGUUGGGAUUUCGUGACACACGCCACAUUUGCAUAGCACCAGUAUAGCGUACGUACACUGCACUGCAUUUAUGUUGACGUCGGGAAAUUUGUAGAUGAUUUAGGUGACAUUUUUAUGAUUAAACUAUCGGCCAGGCGAGUCCUUUAUUUUACUUUCACCGUUCAACUUUAUUAUUCAGUAUUUACAGGCCUUGUUAAUAAAUACCGGUUACAGUUUUGAAUGAUUCAUGGUUAGUUUCACUAGAAUUAAAUCGACCGGGAUAUGGAUCGUGAUACCGUGACCUUUACACUCGAAAACAAUACAAAAGGUAAUCACGGUCCAUAUCCAAGAUCGAUUUUAUAACAUAUUGUUAAUAAAGUUUCUCCUCUCCCCCUCUUGGGUAAAGGCCUCCUCCAGUUUUUGUCACAUAUCUUGGUCUUGGGCGUUGGCCACCCCAUGCCGGCAAUUUUCAUAAUAUCAUCCACCCAGCGCUUGAGCGGAUGUCCCGCGUGUCCCAUAUAUUUAUAAUAAUAUUUAUACUAUGCCUUAAAACCGGGAGACCAGAGGGCUUAGCCAAGAUGGCAAUCGUAUAUCGAUAAACAUAUACAGAUGCUACAAAAAGUCACGUGAUCAGGAUAGACGCAGGAUGUUAACGUUCCGUAGCGGAAGAAACGCAACUGACACUGUCGCACUAAUAUGAAAGAGUGAUAGAGAGAUAUGACUGUUGGCACGUUGGCUAAGCACCCGAUUGGCGUUUUCUAUCAACGAUUAUCACUUAGUUAGUCUCUAAGAUAACUAAUAGUAAGCUUUUAUAUAACUUGUUUUCCUUUUGGUCCUCAUCAGAAUGUUUGUGUAUUCUAAAUACCCUUUAAUCCCCAUAUGAAUUUAUGUGUAUCCUAAAUACUUGUUGUUAUAUUUAGUUAAUGAACUUAGAUACACUGCGUACUUAU